CGUAAUUCUUUUUCUUGUGUACAAUUUUAAUAGAAUAACAUAUUAUGGAUGCGUUUGUUUAUAACCUUUUUAGCCUAUUUCAACAAAUAUCGCGAAAAAAACUAGACAUAUGUUGAAGUAAAUUUAAAAUUCAAAAAACAUUUUUGAAUUUUGAUACCUUUCACCUCGAUAUUCUCUUUUAAAAUUUUAAUUAGUUCUAAAAUAUUUUUUAUGAUGCAUAAUAAUUAUAUAUUUUAUGUUGGGUUGGAUUAUUACUUAAAAAUAUCGCCAACCUGACCCAACCCAAUUAGAAACAAACCGUAGGGUUUAAAUUUUUUUGGGUGGGUUUGAGUUUGAUAAUUCCAAACCGUAGUACAUUGGUCGGGUGAUUAAAAUGGUUAAACCCGAACCACCCGACUCAUGUACACCCUACUUGUGAGGUCAAAAUAAAGGCCAACCCAACUGAUAGUCCAAUACAGAGGCAGAACAUACUGGGCUACAAUGGAACGAAGCCCAUCAAAGCUUAUCGCGUCUGGUACCCCAAGGCCCACAUAUGACAACCCGUGUCGCUCUUAUUGAAAUUAAUCUCAACCGCUCAUACACCCAAACCACCGACGGUCAAGAUAGAAUUACUGGAACCGCGAAAGAAAAAGACUCCCAUUAAUUGAAAUUUGAAACCAACACAGACCACGCGGAUCGCCAUCUCCAGCCGUCCAAUCAUCUCCCGAAUCAACGGCAUGGAUUCAAUCUACCACUUCUGGCGGAACCCACGAAAAUUUUCAAAAUUUCCCUCCUCCGUCUCCCCUGAAAACCGCCUCCCUAUACAUACACAAAUCCGCCGUUCACAAACCUACAUCUCAAAUCAAAUUGCUUCAUCAAAUCCCAGAUCUCACUUAUAUCUCCGAUUCCCACAAAAAAGAUGGCUCGCACGAAGCAGACAGCAAGGAAAUCCACCGGCGGGAAGGCGCCGAGGAAGCAGCUGGCGACCAAGGCGGCGCGCAAGUCGGCCCCGGCGACCGGAGGAGUGAAGAAGCCUCACCGAUUCAGGCCGGGAACCGUGGCGCUGAGGGAGAUCCGCAAGUACCAGAAGAGCACCGAGCUGCUGAUCCGGAAGCUUCCGUUCCAGAGGCUGGUGAGGGAAAUCGCCCAGGAUUUCAAGACCGAUCUGAGGUUCCAGAGCAGCGCCGUGUCGGCCCUCCAGGAGGCCGCCGAGGCGUACUUGGUCGGAUUGUUCGAGGACACUAACCUCUGCGCGAUCCACGCCAAGAGGGUCACCAUCAUGCCCAAGGAUAUCCAGCUUGCCAGGAGGAUCAGAGGCGAGAGGGCUUAAACAGAUUUUAGUUUGUGCCAAUGGGUUGUUUCUAUGUUUUAAUGUCUGGUUGUUUAGCGCUGUUUACUAAAGUAUUUCCGUUUGUGAUUUUGGGUGGAAUUCAGGAUUCCAGUGUUUAGAUUUAGGGUUUCUGGAGGAAUUGAAGGUUGUAAAUCUAUUAUGUUAUGAUUAAUCCAAGUUGGCUACUCAUGUCUGGCCUAGUCUCACAUAGUGAAGGAGAUUCUCUCUCAAGUUUGCCCUUAUUAAAGCCUCUAAUUUGAG